AUGACCAGUGAGGAUAUUUUUUGUGAGGAGGAGAGAGGAUAUUCUUUUGAGGGGGAGGAGAGAGAAUAUUGUGAAGGGGGAGGAGAGAGGAUAUUCUCUAUCCGAAACAUUGGACGCAUAAGACCAUUCAUUACUGAAGACGCCUGCAAGACUUUGGUCAGUUCGCUAGUGACUUCGCGUUUAGACUAUGGAAACGCCCUUUUCUAUUGUGUUAAUUCUGACAUAGUGUCAAAGUUACAGCGUGUGCAGAAUUCAGCAGCACGGCUGAUUACCAGAACUAAGGAAAAUGAGCACAUAACACCAGUUUUAGUGAAACUCCAUUGGCUUCCAGUACAUUACAGGGUUCAGUACAAACUGAUAAUGUACACAUUUAAAGCUCUCCACGGUCUUGAACCUGUCUACCUUGAAGAACUGGGAUUGUAUGGACUGGACAUGAAGUUGAUGAAGACCUACGGCAAAGUUGUUAAAACCUAUCUGGGAGAUUUCCCAUCACUCCUGAUAGCAGACCCAGAUAUCAUAAAAACCAUUUUGGUGAAAGACUUUUCCAAGGCUCCAAACAGAUUUGUAAGCAUCAAGUUUAAGAGUGAAUUGAAACAUGGUUUGACGGUUGUAGAAGAUGACCACUGGAGAUUUAUGAGAAACACACUUCCUCCGACGUUUUCAAGUGGGAAAAUGAGAAAGAUGAAUCCACUCCUAAGAAAGAAGUAUGAGAUGUUGAAAGUUUUGAAAAAAGAAACUGACGAAGUAAACACUAUAGAAUUUAAAGAGGUAUUCGGUAGAUACACCAUGGACGUUACAGCUUCAUUUGGAUUUGGGAUGGACACUGAUUCUCAAACAAACCCCGAUAAUACAUUUGUGAAAUAUGCCAAAGAACUGUUCAGUUUUAGAUUUACUUCUCUUAUGCUUUUCAUAAUUUUCUACUUGAAUUGUAUUUGUCUGAUAUUUCCAAAUCUGGACGAGAUACUUAACUACUUCAACAUAUCUCCAUUGAAUAAUAGAAAACUCAUGGACUUUUUCAAGUCGGCAGUCCAUCAGGCGAUCGAAAUGAGAGAUAAAGGCGAUAAGAAUAGAAAAGAUUUGCUUCAACUGAUGCUUAAUGCCCACAAGGACACAAAUAAAAACGAGGUAGAGGAUGAGCAAAGCUACGAAGGAGAUCCAGAAAAAUGGAACAAACGAGGUUUGACUGAAUACGAAGUAACUGGGAAUGCGAUCCUCUCUCUCUUUGCGGGGUUUGAUACAACAGCCAACACCAUGACAUUUAUGUCGCACUGUUUGGCGAUCAAUCCAGAAAUGCAGGAAAAGCUCAUUAACGAAAUCGACUCAAUAUUAGGAAAUGAACUGCCAACAUAUGACAAUAUAUUGAAGGUUGACUACCUGGAUUGGGUAUUCAGUGAGACACUGAGAUUCUAUCCGCCUGCCGUAAGAUUAAACCGAAAAAGCAAGACGGAGAUGGACAUAGCUGGUUAUAAGAUUCCUAAAGACAUAUUCCUGUCGUUUUCGAUUUAUGCUGUACACAGAGACCCCGAUUACUGGCCGGACCCCGACACGUAUAACCCUGAACGGUAUUCACUUCUAGCCGCCGCUCGUCACGAGAUAGACGAAACUUAA